UACACACUUAAGCGCGGCGGCAACUCCAUCGGCGUCGGCGGCAUACACAUCAUGAUUGAAGGGCGCCUGAAGGCAAUCGUCGCCAACCUUCUAGGUGACUGGAUAGAGAGUGACAAGCUUGACCUGAGCAUCAACAUAUGGAACGACGAAAAUGUGCGCUUUGAGAACGUCAACCUGAAGGAUACGAUCAUUCCUGUCUCGGCCCCGUUCCGCCUUAAAGCAGGUCUCAUCGGGUCCUUGACGAUGAACAUUCCAUUCAAAACAUUCGGCACAACACCUGCUAAGAUCACACUCACCGAUGUCCUCGUCGUGUUGUCGCCACGCAACUUAGACGAUGUCGAGAAAGCACAGGAACUCGAGGCACUCAAGGACGAAAAGAAGGCUGCGCUCGAAAAGGACUUUCUGGAACGAAUUCUCGGGCCUCAAAUGAAUCAGACAAAUGUUGCACAGGAACCGUCUCCUCCAACUUCAGCCAAAGACGCAAAGAGCAGCACGAAGAAGAAAGCCGCCACCUCGCAAGAGUCGCAAGGGUACUACGGCGCAGAUGGGUUCUUCGGACGGCUUGUCACUCGUUUGAUGGACAACUUGCACAUCGAGUUCAAGAACGUGCACAUUCGCUUCGAAGGGACCGACGUGAAUCGCGACUUGUCCAAGGUGCCGCGAUCCCUCGCGAGUGGAAAGUAUGCGAUAGGGUGUAGCAUUGGCGCGUUGUAUGCGGAAACCACCGGCAGCAAUUGGAUUGCCAAGUCCCACAAUGAAGCUGACCCGCAGAGUGGCGACCAUGUCGUGCUGAAACUUAUUCAGGCGACCAACAUGUCGGCGUACGUGGACCCACACGCGCUGCACUUCGUGCACUCUUCCAAGCACCCCAAGGUGCUUCACGCGACGCUGUCUCGGCUCAAGGCAAUGGCGGACCCAACAGUGGAUUUGCGGUGGUGGAAACAAGUGGACGGGGACAGCGAUGCCCACACUCAUCGCUUUGUCUUGGCUCCUUUCCAUGUCACGCUCAAGUUGACCAUGAACAUUGACAUUCAGGCGGACAAGAAAACCGAAAACACUCCGCACUACAACGCCCAGUUUGAACUGUCGCGGCUGAUUGUCAUGCUCGAUGACGAGCAAGUUGUGCUCGCGAUGCGUGUGAUAGCGUCGGUUGCCCUCCACGACCAGUGGCGCCAAGCCAUUGCCCAACGCGUGCGGUCUGACGAACGCGAGCACUACACGGUGACGCUGAAGGAACAAUACAUGGUGCAUUGGGCGGCACUGCACAAGGUCUGCACAAAACAGUCCAAUUGGGACAUUGUUAAGAAGUCGGACGCAUGGAAGCAGCUGCAGACGCUCGAACAGCUCGUGUCCAUCGACGCGGCGAUCGCGAUGCGGAACGACAUUGCGUUUGAAGGCGAUGAUGUCGCCAUCGAUUCUGACAUGUCGCGCACGUCACUGCACGACUUGGGUGAAGCGUUGGGGAUUCCCGCGCCGCAAAUCAACGUCAAGUUUCAACGGGGAAAAGACAUUGGCUUGAAAAUGUACUUGUGUCCUACGACACGAAUCCCCGUCGUCGACGAAUGCUUUGGACAGGCAAAGGCGAACACUGCCAUCAAGCCUGGCCUCCUCCUUGUGAAAGUGGACGGCCAUGACGUGUCGUCGCUCUUUUCCUACACCACUGUCGACGACCUGUACCAACAACUCAGCGCCAGAGCCCUCACUGCGGCCAUCGUGUUGACGUUUCGCCACCCAGGGGUGCAGCCGUCUCAAGUGACGCCGUCGCAAUUGGUUUCACAUGUAGACGUCGCGGUGCCUCAUGUAGAGGUACGUUUGGUGCUGACGCCGUUGAAACAAGUGGUAGCCGCUGCGAUAUUUCAGUUUGUCGAUCUGUCGAUCCGUGGAUUUGGUCCCGGGUGGUUUUCGUUCCAUCGGUAUCGGUUGUGUGCGCGGCACUUUUAUCUGCAAGAGUCGGUCUCGUCCCCGUACCGCAACCACUGUUUGGCGUCUAGCAUUGAUCAAAUCAAGCACCCCAAGGACGUCCUUCCGAUUGCCGUGUUGGAGAUGAACUUUUUGGAAACGGACCAUCCGUCUCUACCUGACAAGUCUCAGUUCGCGACACAAUACGGAGUCCAUAUCGGUGACUUGAUCUUCAUUUACGAACGGACCAAAGUGCUGGCAUUUACAGUCGCGUUGGCGGACUUUUGCAAGCGAGCAUUUCCUCCAGCGCCAGCUCAUUUCUCCAGCCGGGGUGGAGCUUCGUCAACGACGUCUUCAACGAUUCCUCUGGCUGACAUUCCCCUUCGCAUCCGUUAUGACUUUUCGAUCCAGUCGCUUCGUGUGUAUGUCAAAGCCGUCGUCCACCGACAGCGAGCCACGCGGGCGGAAUCUGUUGCGGGAGCAAUCCAUCCACCAGCGAACCGGUCGAUUUUCAGCCAACUUACCCUGCACAAAGCGCAUGGCAACUCGCUGGGCCUUCAGGACUGGCUCAAAGACACUCUAAUGCUUGAACGUGUCGUGGCUUCGGUCAUUCACUUGCAGCGAUACGUGCGAGGUCGCAACAUUCGUCGGUUUGCGUUGCCGCCCCCUCGACCGUCAUAUCCUCCCGACGUCCCUUUCGAUCACGCGUCAGUGUUCAGUGUCGCGUUGCGAUCGACCACGGAACGACAGGGGUACCUUUACGUCCACGACUAUCGACUCGGGAGUCGACGAUGGGUGCCGCUCUUCUUUGUCCUCGAGAAAAGCGGCCUGCUGCGUGUAUUUCGAACCGCAUCGUGCGCAGUCUACGUCGCGUCGUACGAAAUGGAGAAUUGCGUUGACGUCGCGAUCCGAGUCAAAGACGACAGCAUCAUCGCGCCGUACUUUGCCAAGCCCAUGUCGUUCAUGUCGAUCAAGUGGCGUACGACCCAUUUUGUCACGAAUGCAUUCGGGAUCAAUACAACCCUCGUGGACACUGUCGACCUGCUUGUUGCGAGCGCCGACCCGUCCUGCAUCAGCAUGUGGCAUUUUGUUUUGAAUCGAUACAAGUCGACUGAGUUUGACGUGACGACACGGACGCCACUUCCAGAUUCACCGAUCGGGAUGCGGAAAUGCACGAUGGACGUUCGUGGAGCGUACCGCGGCUGGCUCUUCCGGCAGGACUGCACCCUUGCCUUCCGACGUUGGCACGAACAUUAUGUAUACUUGGACGAAUCCGGUCAGUUGCGGUUUUACGAAGACAACACUGGUCGCGUAUUCAUCGACGAAGAAUUCGUCGAGAACAUCACUUCGGUCGUCCACGUCGGAAACAUUGUGGAAGUGGUCAACUGGGCAGAGCCCUGUCAACAAAUAAACGACAAAUUGCACUCCCCCCCUCGCGUACGACCUGCUAUGGACUUGAGCCACUUGGGGCCUGCGGGCGAGUCUGACGGUCAGCUGUCGUACUGCAUUGAAGUGACGGUCGUGGGCAAGUCGUUGGACCCCACGACAAAACCGUCGUCGCGGUCCUUUCUCUUGGCCUCGUUUUCGUUUGAUGAAGUCGCAGACUGGCGGCAUAUUCUGUGGGAGAAAAGAAUGGAUUGCCGGCAAGAUCGGUCGAUUCAACACCUUCGGCGACCAGCCCCGACUAAAAUGGUGUCGUGGCCGGCAUGGUGGCGUGCCCAUUUGGGAGUGCGCUUCAGCAACACGGCAAAACCCAACCACAACGUGCGCACGAUGUACUCCAAUUUACACAAGUGGAUCAGUUUGUACACAAACCACGUGUCUGGCACAAUCUUUUUCCACGAUCCAGCUCCUAGUACUGGCCUCAGCAUUGAGCAAGCGGGCGCGAUACUGGCCGAACUUCGAAUGGGUAGAUUGGAAGUUCGAGAUCGGCGGUCGGCCAAGCCCUAUUGCCUUGUGUACAUUGGGGACACGUUCUUGGAGUUUGAACGAGGCAAGCUCAAAGCCGUCGCGAUCAACUCGGAGCAGCUGCAAGACAAGGGCCAAAUGACGAUGACAAUGCAGUUUUGUGGACCGCAGAUGGGAGACAAAUUGUUUGGAGAGAUUCUCAAGCCUGGACUGUGCUUAGGACUUCAAUUUAGCGGCUGCAUCUUGCCGAAUUCAUUCCAACAAGUCUUGACGGAUGCCCUACACGAAUUGGCGCCGAUGUGGGAAGACGCGAGUCAACCCCCUGCACCUUCGUCGGUUGAACCGUUUUUGCGAUGCCAGGAAAUCACACUGGAUAUUCGCGUCGGCAUGUUUGAAGCGUACAUUGAAGAAAAGCACUGCGUGGCUAAGUUUCUCAUGGAAGGCAACGAAUUGUCGUAUGGCUCGUCGACUGAUCGCGAACGAUUGCAUCUCGCGUUGGGGUCGACAUCGCUGCAUGUCAUGACGUCGGAAAACCAGCUCCGGCUGGCUCAAAUCGACGGUGCCGACAUGGAGUACGAGCUCGCGGUGCAAUCCCUGGACCGGAUGACGUCGAUUCGAAUCGAUCAAGUCAAACUCGAAGCGGAUGGACGAAUGCGCGUGUUGUACCAGUUGUUUGAAGCCCUUCAACUGUUUGACGACGACGACGAACCCCUCGACGACUACUCGUAUGACAACAUUUCAAUGGCUGCGCCGUCUCCACUCACAUCGCCAGUCGCAAUCACUGCCCCGGUUGAGUCGAUGCGUCCCCGCCAUGUCCGCAAUGAAUCAGGGGUGUCGAUACGGUCCCAGCGCAGUUUGCGUGGACAUCGCAGUCAAACUGGUCGCAACUCGGAAUUCUUUCAAACGUUGUCGUACAUUCAACCGUUGCUGACGUAUCAAACAUACCUGGCGCUGCUCAACAAGUACAACUACACGUUUUGGUCCGGGACCAAGGACACGAUAUAUAUUGGGUGCCGAACGGUCGUGUUUGAAGUGGUCAAGCGCAGCUUGUCGUUGGUGGCGCUCGACACGUAUAUCCCCGUGAUGAAGUUUUCCGUGAACGAAAUACAAUGCAGCGCUCAAACGUCGACUGAGUUUCGCGCCGACUUUGAAGUGGACGCGUCGGUCACGUUCUCUGCGCGGUACUACAACACUGCCCUCGCGGACUGGGAACCUGUCGUUGAGCCAUGGGAAGUCGCCAUCCAUGUCACCAAACCGGUCGGAGACGGAACGAUCGACACCCCCAAGCCGCUAACGAUGGAUUUCAAAGCUCGCCAUCGUCUCAACAUCAAUUUCACCGAAGCCCUUGUUCGCCUCGUUGUGUCGGUGAGCAAACACCACAAAUCCACCUCACUCAAGAACUCGGAGCGUAUGCUGCCGUCGAGCGAAACUUCCGAAUGCGUCAGCGUGAUCAACAACUUGGGGGUGGCCAUUCGCUUGGCGAAUUUGAACACGACCAACCCAGGUGUCCUCACGGUCGAAAUACGCGACGGAUGGAGUUUGCCAGCGUACACGCGAUUCCACGACGCAACGGUCGAGGUUAUUUUGCUACCGUGGUGGAACCCCCAGGAAAGAAGCCACGAAUUGGCGUCGUUGAACCAUGCGUUCCACUUGAGUUAUGGCGGCGCGAAUGCCGGCGUAGCACCGAAACUGCGCCUAAACGUACGUCUCAAAGGAAACACGCACGACCACGGAUCCGUCGAACUCAACUUGGCUGGCAACCUCAUGGGCACGGAAGGCGUGGAAGCGAAGCGAGUCAAGUUUUGCCAGUGGCAUCGGUUGAGAGAUCCAAGAGGCGUGGUGACAGGCGAAGUCCUGGUUGCACUCCAUUUCACUCCGACGCUGCCGCUGCAAAAACCAUCGACCGUCCAAACUGUGCUCAGUGGUGGAUCGCUGAUGGUGGAUCCGUUUCGACUCGGAUCUGGUGGAGUCGAUACCCGCGACUCGACCGAUGGAGACUCCACCAUGAAGAUUAAAUUGCCUGAAAGCAUUCGCAAUGGCUAUGUGCCACCGCUUGCCCUGGAAGUCAUGGUCGACGGAAAGCCACGGAGUUUGCUCUGUCCAUUGCAAAGGGCUGGCAAAUUCUUCAUCAAAGGCGAAGGAGUGCUGGCUGAAGUGAAAGUCGCCCAACGCGACGAACUACGCCGAGUAUUAAUGUUGAGUUCGCCAAAGCAGGUCAAGAAUGCUACGCGCGUGGUGCUGAACGUUGGCGCGUUUCCCCUGAUAGAGUGCGAUGCUGUGGCGACGACCGAUCUACCUCUUCCUAUAAGCUCUCGUGGUCGCUCCAUUUCGUUUCCCUGCGUGCCGAAGUUAGAGGCAAUGGUGCCAGUGAACCCCGGCCGAAAGUAUUCGCUGCCGUUGGGCGCGCUGUACAGCGACAAUAUGUAUGGUGUGAUGGUGCAAGUACAAAAUUCCAAACGGACGAAAAUCGCCGAGCUCGCGACGCUACAGGAACAAGUAGGGUGUCACAUUCUGUAUCUAGCCCCUCUCCACGACGACGACUGCGGGUAUUGCUUGUUUAUGGAAGUAUUGAGCCACGUUCGCAACGUGUACCGCGAAGAACAGUUUGACACGGAAUCGUCGACGGCCGACAUCAUCAGCCACGACGCCAAGUACCAAAUUCAACUUCAUGCUGGUUUUGUGUUUGAAAACGCGCUCCCGAUUCGGUUGAAGUACAAGCUCGAAGUUCCGUCUCGCUUUGACACAAAAGUCGUGGUGGCUGAAGGAACACUCGCGCCAGGGGACGAAGUUGAAUUAUUGCAUUUUCACAAGCAAGCGUACUUGUACUUGUGCGCCCCUGACGAAGCGUCGUCGUGGUCGUCACCGAUCAGUUUGGCCAAAUGCAUUUCCCAAGAAGGCACGACAAUAUCCAACCAAACGAUUUCUCGCGCAGAUGAGCCGGAGCAGCGCCGCAGCGCUGACACGCUCGAAUUUGUGCGCGAGAGCCCUGUGUUCAAUGACCUCAUUCACAACAUUGUGCACUUGUUCACCGCCCGACUGGAUUACACCGUCGCGGACAAUGGGAGCCCACGCACGGUCAUCUACUGUUCUGUGUGGAUUUACAACUACUCGCACGUUAAUGAUUUGCUCGCGCGGUGUGCGGACAACACGAACAUGAUGGUCACGUGUCCGACGAUGAAAGACCAACCGAAUCCUCGAUUGAUGGAUUGCGCCGGCUUGGCCCUGGAGCUCAACACUGUGAUGAACCAUGAGCCAGGAAGGUGGUCCGAGCGAAUCCAUGCGGGAGUUGUGGGUGUGCAGAAGUCGCUGACUCUCAAGGGCAUUCAUCGGGAAAAGCAUGAAGUAGGCGUGGCCAUUCAGCGUCCCUUGGGUCAGUUCCAUCGCACAGCGCAAGUCAUCAUCUCGUCGCGUUACGUUGUCGUCAACUACACGAGACUCAAGUUUAUCAUGGCCAGCGAAGCCCAUGGCCGUGGUCGAAAUGUCGAAAUCGCCGCCGACACGAUCGAAACCCCGUUCGACUACCCUGGGGACUUGACUUUGUCUGGCAAAACUGUGUGCUUGAAAGCAGGUGGUGGAUCGGAUCGAAAUUAUCUCAACUCGGAUCGAUGGAGCGGGCUGUUUUCCGUGGAAAACGAAGACGAGUUCACGCUGUGGUUGCCUGGAGCCCGCGUUGAUGAAUACGAAGACGCGGUCCCUCGAAUUCGAGUCAAAGUGCACACUGUCGGCGCGACAAUCUUGAUUAAGCUCUCCCGUGAUGAUCCGCCCAUGCUUAGUAUCCGGAACGACACGAACUUUGCCAUCAAACUCUUUCAAGUGAACCAACAGGAAAGCUUGGUCAUUCCACCGAAUGGCAGGAUGCCGUUCGCGUGGGAGAGUCCCGACUCACCUCGGAAAGUGUCGUGCUGCAUCUUCAUGGAGCAAUCCGCGAUGGGGAAGUGGACGACUCCAACCAAGACGAAAGUGUGCGAUUUUGACAGUCUUGAUUCGGAGGAAGCAGUCGUGUGGGAACUCAAGCGACUUGGCGCUCAUGUGGCCGCCGAUGUCACGCUCGAAGUGUCGUCUCGAACGCUUGUGUUUCGAGAUGCCGUCAUGAACGACUUUCGUCGAGGUAAGUACAAACUCGAAGUCAAAGUGGUGGCUGUCCGCCGGGAUGUGGAACAACACACAACGACGUCAACGGAAGCGAUCGUAUCAGUUCACACAGAUUGCUCCGAUUCCCCGCGACAGAUCACACCGAGCACAACGAUGAAGGGUCAUGGGAUGUACCGCUUUGAGUACGACAUGUUGUUUCCGUGCUUCACCCGACCGCGGCAAUUGUUUGUCGCGCUCUUCGAGCAAGAGAUCUCGAACUCGCUACAUCUCGACAUUGACGACCACCCACCGUUGCCCAUCACGCCAGACCAUGUGUCCCCACGCAUCGCAUCGUUUCAUCAACUGGACGACGGUCCCCGUGAUUUGGACGAGUUGAGGGCGACCUUGGCCAGAGAAUGGGAUUCCCCAUCGUCGAUUAGCUGGAUUGAUGAGCCUCACACCACACCGACAGGGCCAUCUGCUCUCGCCCCACCCCCCAAGCACAAGGAGAUGGUCGGCCUCGUCGACAUCAAAAUACCCAAGAAAAUGUGGAAACAACUCCGCACAACCGAUCGGAAACUGGGCGACUUGGACGGAUCGUGGUGGCCGUUGAUACAGCAUGGGACACCCGUCGGGUCAGUGCAGCUCGCGAUCAAGUGCUCGAUGUUUAGCAAAGACAACGACAAAGAUCAAAGCCGAUACCGCAAUGGCCUUGUCGUGAGCAUGUACCUGUCGAGCCUGGCGGUGUCGUUUGUUCACAACACAAAUCGACUGGACGUGGCAUAUUUCAUCCUGCAGCGCGUGAAGGUGCUGUACGAGAACCACAAAGGCACGAGCGAAGUCUCGUUGUCAGUCGGCAACACCCAGAUGGACAACCAAAUGGAUCGCAAAGUGGUGUUCGGCCCUCGUGGGUACAAGCGAAAGGAAGGCGUGAGCGUGCGGCUACGUGACCGAUGGCGACAGUGCCUGAGCCACAAACACAAGAAGUUGUUUGAGCAAUUCGACAUUGCAAUGCUGCCGGUGGUGCAACUUCGUAUGCUGUACAACGACACGUGCAGCGCCGGGUCAUUCCACGUCGAGCUCGUGGAACUGAUUUUGCAAGAGCUCGAAAUUACGACGGACGAAAAGUUUGUCGUGAAUUUGAUCAGCGUGUUCCAGGGCCUCGAAAGCCUCGGAUCGUCGGAAACGUUUGAUUCGGUUCUGGACAAACGCGUUGUGUUUUCAGACAUUGACGCAAAGCCCAUCACGGAUGGAUUGUACAUUGAGCAACUCGACAUCGAGUCGAUCCGCAUCUUGUUCUCGCUCGAAUUGAAUGGCGGCAAGCACAUUGCAACGCUUGGGCCGUCGGGUCGUCGGUUGGCCACGUACUUGCCCGUGUCAAACGUCAAGGACCUUCGCUUGUACUUCAGCAAGCUCCUGUUUACCCAUAUAUACGACAGCCAGACCGUCAUCAUUGACAAGCUGUAUCGCCAUUACAUGCAACAAGCCCUCCUCGUCGUGCUCCAAGGCUUGUACACAGUCACAUUGUUUGUGAACCCGUUUCGAAUCAUUUAUCGACUUGGCCACGGAGUGCUCGAAGUCGUGCGAUUGCCGGCUCGAGGGUUGGCGUCGGGGUCGCCAGUCGAGCUCUUGAGCGGAGCGUACUUGGGCGUUCGGUCGUUGGCCAUGAACACGAUCAGUGCCAGCUACGAGGCCGUCGCGGGAGCCACCGGUGCCGUGUCGUCCAUUAUCACUCCCAUGAUCUUCAACCUCGAGAAGAAACACAAGUUCCAAGAAGAGAUGGUGAACUUUCAACGAGCCGUCAUGACGGAAGUGGACGCAUUCGAUGCAGCAGAGGAGCAGCACAUGACCAAGACCAUUGUACGAGUACCUCGGACCUUUACCAGCGUUGGGUUAUUGAUCGAGUACGGCCCAGGGUCGCUCCCCAUGGAUGAACAGGCUCGAGUGGACUUGAAAGCCGCCGUGUUGCUCCAAAACUGGUGGCGUCGACGGCGCCUUGUGAACGCGCUGUUCAGCAAGGCGAAUUCGCUGAAGGCUGCCCCGGUGGAAGCCCCGACAUCGUCGUCCGAGUGGUGUUGCAUUAUGUAAUUUUAUUUAUGCCGGUGCUUGUGUCCUCGCGUUGAGGCGGAAAGACGCUAGCGCAACGGUUGGAACCCACUCGUCAGUUUGUACGAGAGAUCCGUGAUGGCGUCCUUGAUCGACACCAGUGCCAACAGAAAGUAGCCCCAUCCACACGACGAAUCGCUCCCGUCGUCCGUUGAAAGUUCGUCGCUGUGUAGAGUGUACACAGUUUCCAUCGUGUGAUUGUCCACGACCAAUUGAUACUCUUGCUGUAAUGCGCUCAGGGAACGCUUCAGGCCGUGAAUGACGCCUUGGAGUUCUUUCGCGGUGUCUUCGUGCAUCUUGGCAGCGCGCUCGCUUGCGUCGAGGCUGGCUUUGGCUGUUUGCACAGCGUCCUCGAGGGCUUCAACCGUUGCUUCCAGGCGUUGUAUCUUUUGUUGUUUAAUGUCGUGGGAUAGCACUAGUCGUUGUUCUCGUUCGGCUUGGUCAUUCAGUCGACCAGCUAGCUCCUUGACUUGGAGCAUGAGCUCGCUUCGUUCACAUUGCACUUUUCGGUUCGCUUGAGCAAGGUGGUGGCAGCUUUGAAGAGCGUCCGCUUUUUCUCGUUCAAAGGCAGCGACCAUGUCGCGGAGAAUCGCGUUGUCCUUGGCCGCAGCCAACGCUUUCGACCGCCAGUACUGAAUCUCGGCGUCCUGUCGAGAGAGAGUCUCGUCCUGCGCUUCCUGUUCGCGCAGGUGUGUGUUGAGCUGCUGUUCCAAAUCAAUGCACUUUUGCACGGACGUGGCGCGAUGGAGGUUCAACUUUUGCUGCGACUCGAGCUCUUCGAUGCACUGGCGCGCGUCAUUGUACUUGGCACUCAACGCUUCGUGUUCGACUUCGAGCGCAAAAUACUUUUCCGCCAGCAGCGAUCCAUUCGAGGCUGCAGCUUCCAGCAAACGCCGCUGUUCGUCAAUUUCUCGCAAGGCGGCGGCGAGUCCAUCUUGUUUUUUGGAUAGGACUUCAGGCAGGUAAUCAGUAUCCGCCGGUUCGGUCAAGGGCUCCGUCGCAUCGACGAGGACCGCUCCAUCGUUAUUGUUUUCUUGAUCGUUGUUGGUGUCUGUGUACCGAAGAAUCUGCGACAUCGGCAGUGUUUGGCGAUCGAAUGAAUGGGGAUCUCGUGCCA